AUGGCAACACAGGAGUGUGGACCGCUUGUGCACGCACCACUUACUUCUCCAGAUCGUCAGAUCCGACUACUGGAGGUGGCAGCUCUUGGCGACGGCGACUUUGACUACUCACUGACGACUUAUAUCCUGGGUAGCAGAGAUAUCCCGCACUUCUAUGCUCUGUCCUACGAAUGGGGUCCAGCACAACCGACUUACCCCAUCACUAUCGAUGGCCAGUACUUCGAAAUUCGUGAGAACCUCAAGCGGUUCCUCGAUCGCAUAGCCAGUGGUGAUCGGGACUUCGUGCGGCCGUUGUGGAUUGAUGCAAUAUGCAUCGACCAAGAAAAUGUGGCUGAGCGUAACGAGCAGGUGAAAAUCAUGGGCAACAUCUAUUCCGCCGCAUCACUUGUCCUGACCUGGAUCGGAUCUCAUCAUAUUGAGAAUGGCGCUCUGGCGGAGACUGAAGUUCAUCUACGGGACUGGGAGAAAACCGACGAAUUCAGGCGACUUUCCACCCGCGGUGCCAGCGGUCGUCCUUCAUCGUUAAGCCUCCAGGAACCAUACGGGAGAAUGUGGAACCACCUGAAGUUGCUAUGCGAACAGACGUACUGGCACAGGCUUUGGAUUCUGCAGGAGCUGAUCAAGGCUAACAAGCUCUUAUUGCUCUGGGGAAUCGAGCAGAUCACCUGGCAGGCGCUGUCCAUCGCAUUUCGUACCAUAUAUGAAGCGGCUCAGACUCGACGGUCCUCCUUUCAGAUCCAAGGACCAUGGGACAUUGUCGAACAAUCCAUUCCCUUCAGUGUCUGGCUUCAUACGCAAAACCUCAAUACCAAACAGCGUCUCCUCCAGACCAUGGAGACUUACCGAGAGUCUAAAUGCUCGGUCAAUCACGACAAGGCGUAUGCCUUGACAGGUAUCUCGUCUGAUGCCGAGCUUCUACAGGUCGAUUACGACAAAUCCCUUCCUGACCUAUACGCCGAUUUGAUGGGUUUGGAGCCGAGGACACCACGUUGCUUGAGGUACAGUCAUCUAGUCCUUGAAGCUUUACGCAUAGAUGGGCGCACUUGGGCGAACAGCUCGGUCAGAGGUAGAUCGGUAUCGUGCUCUGCAGGAAAGAUGGGAAACGUUCUUGCGACUGCCGGCUCUAUCAAGAUCAUGUCAGAGCAACUGAUCCACACAGAAACUUGGCAAUUAUCGCUCGAGGCGAAGUUCAACAACCCGGAUCGGGUCGAAAGAGCCGCAGAGUGGGCACAGAAGAUCUAUGCUGAGCUGAAGGUGGCGCUUGGGGCGGACUUUGCAGGACUCACUCUGUUCUGCGCUGAGACUGGCCAUUUGGGUGUGUCACUGACCCCAAUAUCGCUCACCGAUAUCAUCUACCGCGUGCAGGGUCUCUUUCGCGACACAUACAUCUAUCUGAAGCACCCUGGUCACACAGCUGGCUCAGGUCCUGAUACCUUGGCGGCUACUACUCGAGUCUGGCUAUUUGAAGAACCCCUACCAACCGGGCAAGAGCUCCGGCACGGAAUGAACGAAGCGAUUGAUUUGACAUUGGCGGACUUGUUCUCGAUGGAUAGCCUGCUAGACAUUGAAUUUGUCAUUGGGACGGUCCCCAGUUCACCGACCGAUGAGCCUCCCAGUCCACGACUAGCGACGAGAAGAGCACAGUCAGAUACCGUAGAACGGCGCCGCCUACACCAUUCAGGCACGGUGUCUCGGUCAAUCGACGAAGCCAUGUGGUUUCCAUUUCGGGCGUCCACUUGGCCAGAGGAAAGGCCUAUACCCACCGAUGGUUGGUACAUUGAAGCCCUUGCCAGAGAUUUGCGAGACAAACUGUUUACAGGAACAUCGCCGCUCAAUUCGCCGGACUGA